CGAGCAUAUAAUAAAGAAAGCUCCAUGGCGUCUAACAACUACUACCAUAACGGCCGUCAGGGCCGGUCUAACAACUACCCCUCGGCAUCACUACCAGUACCGCCAAUGCCGCCGCAACCUCUAUACCCUAUGCCUCCAUACCCGACGGCGCCCUAUCCUACAGUUCCAUACCCUACAUCUCCCUACCCCAUCCCCAUGCCCCUAUACACCGCGCCAUCCCCUCCCCUACCACCCCGCAGCCCGCGAAACCGCCCAGCACCGCUCAUCCCCAACAUAAACGUCGGCCCCACCCUCGUAGACAACUUCGUCGAGCGCGCCCACACGCGCCUCGAGCCCAGACGCACCACCAACCCGACCUGGACGGAAGACGCCCUAACCAACGACCUCCAAGACCAACUCGCCGGCGUCAAGCGCAGCAUCCAAGACAUCGUCAGCCAGGAAUUCCACCUCCCCGGCGACAUCGUCCCCCGCGUGACGAUCCGCCUGUCCGCCGUCGACCUGCGGCCCGACGGGACAUGGCACCACGGCCGCGGCGAGCUCUGGCGCACCGGCGCCGCCGUCCUGAUGCCCAAGAUCGUAAUCCGCAUGCCGGAGCGCCGGGCCCCCGAGCGCCGCGGCACCGGCCGACGAAUCGCCACGGGCCCGACGCCUCGCGACCGCGCGUACAUGGACGCCGGGAAGCGCGUCCUGGACGCCGUCGUCCACGGCCGCGGUCUGAACCGGUACGACGUGCGCACCGAUCUGCGCGGUCUCCCGUUCGACCCGGCCGGCGACCUGCCGCACGCGUGCUUCGAGUUCUCAGAGGGCGAGGGCUCGACCGAGGACGUGUGCAAUUUCAUGCCCACGCACGUCCACGUGUACCUGCCGGCCAAGGUGAAGCGGGUCGACAAUCGCAACACCUGGUUUUACGAGCGGUUGUAUGGCGGGAACUCCCGGGCUAUUACGCAUCUGACGAGUUGGGCUAGCCGUCGGAACAUCGAUUUGAGUUUUCUGACGACGGCUCGCGCUUAAGUACCUUAGGAGGUACCUAACCUAAGGAGUAAGAACCCGAGUCUGGAGUGAAAAGUUAGUUCGUGAUUUAAUCGGGUGGGUGGUAUAACUGGUCGAACGUAGGAGAGUAAGACGGCGUUGAUGGGCCUAUACCGCUACCGGAUUUGAAUUAUUCCCAAUUAAGCUUCGAAAUUGAUACCCAUUUAUAUGUAGUAUUAUUAGUUUAUCAUCAAGAAAAG